AUGAUUGUGUUAUGGAUUUCACUGCUUUUUCAUCAAGCAUAUACUUUAGUUCCAGUGAAAACAGUUCAGCUUGGUGAACCAGCAAACUUAACAUGUGUUUUACCCAAAGGGCUCAGCAGCAGAAAGGUCUACUGGUACAAGCAGAGUUUGGGGGGUGCUCUUAAAUUAAUUGUGACUCUGUAUAAAAAUGCAGCACCAGAGUACGGUCCUGAAUUUUCUAGUUUAAGAUUCCACUUACAUAAUGACAACAGUUUUAGCAACCUGACCAUUUUGACAACAGCCCAAGAGGAUGAGGGAAUCUAUCACUGUGGGAUCUUAGAAUGGAUUAAUCCUCAAUGGAAUGGGACAUAUUUAUUAGUAAAAGGAAACAGCCAGAGGACAUCAAACUAUACUGUUGUUCAGUGGCCGACAGCAUUUGGUCCAGCCCGUCCAGGAGACACAGCGACAUUUAACUGUUCAGUCCUCUCUGACUCUGACAAUUUGUGUCCUGGGUAUUUUAAUGUGCUCUGGUUCAGAGCUGGUUCAGAUAAAUCUCAUCCAAACAUGGUCUCCACUGAUAGAAACAGACAUAAUGACUGUGAGAGUAGAUUUGAUUCUCAGAAUAGAUGUGUUUAUCGCUUCUCUAAGAACGUCAGCUCCUCUGAUGCUGGGACUUAUUACUGUGCUGUGGCUGCAUGUGGGGAGAUGUUAUUUGGGAAUGGAACUACACUGGAAGUUGGUAUGAUUUUGUGA